AUGGCAACAAAAGCUUACAGUUACUAUGGUGCUGAAGUAAUAUAUACUAAAGUUUGUGAAUUAAUGAGCUAUGGAUGUAAGUUUUGCACUGUCAUACAUUUGAGUCAAAAGUUUUAGAAGUGUGAUGUGCUGUUACGUUCCCUAUAAAAAAAUGUAUAAAAGGGUAGGUUGACAUGUAGAAGUUAAACAUUAACUUAAAUAGUGAGACUUGCAUAUAAAAUAUCAAAUGUUUUAUUGUGUUUUUAAAAUAUUACCCCACCUAUUUAGCGGUGACACCCUCAGGAGUUCUCAGGAAUUAGUUUUUGCAACAUCCCACUUGAUCAUGUUUGUUAGUACUGUUUUUCAAAAAUUUCAAAUGCAGCAUGCCACUGUGGGUCACCAGGAUCAGUGAAACGGUCACUGAUCUAUGUGCUUUAGUGUGUUGUAAAAGCACUUUCUAAAGUACCCUUAGUGGUAAUGAUGGAACAAAGUGAAAUCUUCUACCCACCCUUCCCAAAUUUUGAGAUGCCUCAAACCGUACAAAAUACUUUAAAUGGACAUUUCUAGGGGCAGCAGGCUUGGUGGAGGUGGGAAGUUAUUUAGCGGUGAGUCUUCUGUAUUUAGAGUAAUAUUAUGUAAUUUCUGGAGAAUACAUUUCCCUAAACAAUACACUAGCAGUUCUGUUCCAACUCAAUCUUGUCAGUGAAUGUGUAGCAUUAAAGGUUGAACAUCUUUUUUCCCUAAUUUUGAAAAAAAUUUUUUUUUUUUUUUUCUUUUUCUUUAAAUGACACAGUGGUGAAUUCCUUGGCAACAAAUUCUUGUAGCACUAUGGUUUCCUUCAGUCAUAUAUCUACAACCUGAUGUUGGUAGAAAAACUAGUGUCUCCCAAUCUUUGAGCGCUUUUUCACUCUGAGUGCUAAACCACAGUGCCUCUGGGAUGGAGUCUAUGACUUGUCCAAUAGAGAUUUAUUUUCACAAGAGUGUCUGGGAAUCAAAGGGCAGGGAUCAUGGUUAUGUCUGCUACACUUGUUCACCUUGGGCCCACCACAGUGUGUUUUAUUUUUUAUUUUUUAAAACUCCACUUUUAGCACCUCCUUUCUUAUAUAGCUGUUUGACUAUGUUAUGUGGGGAAAGGUGAUGGUGGUUGGUCCCAUAGCAGUACCUGUAAAUAUGUGUAAAAGGUGUGAUGCAGGAAAAUGGGAAUGGGUGGUAGACUUAACAUGUAAACAGAAUAGCUUGUUUUUUUUUGCCAUACUGUUUAUAGAAGUAUCUUGUGUUUAGAGAUGGAGAUUGAAUGUUGUGUGUUUUAAUUGCUUUGCACCCCAAACACAUGGCAGCUUAAACGGUUAACGUAUAGGACUGAGCUGGUUUGGGAUUUAUGUUUGUGUUGGUUACUCCCUCAUUGGAUACACAGUUCCUUCCAUCAAAAAAGUAUUUAUAGAAAAAAAUUGCAUAUCUAUUUAUGGUGAUUGUGCCUUUCACUCUUCUGCAUGAUUUUGUGACUUUUACUGCAAUGAUUUUUCAGUCCCCAAUGGAGAGCAGUCUUGAACAGGAGAAACCUAUGCAAACAAAGAAUGGGAUUCCAGCAUCCAUUCUGAAAUGCAGGUCUCGGAAUGGAUGGUCACAUCGCAUCAUCAGCGUGCAGGACAGAAGUCGUCCAUCAUUUCUAAACGCCACAGGAGUAGUCGUGCGCUGUUCAGAGUACUCCUCGGCGCGACUUGCGCGCGUCUCAGUCGGUGCUGUCGCCGCGUGGGGCGCGCACGCGACGCGCCGUCAUCAUCAUGUUCUCGCCGGCCGCCGACACCGUGAGCGGCUACGCGGGCGGCAACAUGGCAGACAAGGACGCGGGCCAGGACACGACGCUGGGCAGCGCCUACUCGCCCGUGGACUACAUGAGCAUCACGAGCUUCCCGCGGCUGCCCGAGGAGGACGUGCUUUCGAGCGAGAACGCGCUGAGGUCCCGCAAGGACGACGAUCACUUCCUGAGCGAGCAGGAUACAGACCCUGACCUCUUCCUGAAGUCUGCUCGACUGCAGAGGCUGCCUUCCUCGGCGUCGGACUUGGCCAGCCACGAUGCCACACCCUUGCGCGAGACGCACCGUGACCCUUUGGCUGAAGACUGCACCUGCCGACAGGAUGGCCUCACCAUCAUCAUUACUGCCUGUCUCACCUUUGCUACCGGGGUGACCAUUGCCCUCAUCGUUCAGAUCUACGUUGGAGAUCCUCAGAUCUUCAACCAGGGUGCGGUGGUGACGGAUGUGGCACAGUGCACGUCUCUGGGUUUCGAUGUGCUGAACAAGCAGGGCUCUUCAGUAGAUGCAGCUGUUGUCGCUGCUCUCUGCCUUGGCAUCAUCCACCCACACACAUCUGGUAUUGGGGGCGGAGGAGUAAUGCUAGUUCACGACAUCCGGAAAAACAUAAGUCGGGUGAUUGACUUCCGUGAAACCGCACCAUUUGCCCUCCGGGAGGAGAUGUUACAGUCCAGUUUAGAGCAGAAGCCAGGUCUGUUGGUAGGGGUUCCAGGGAUGCUCAGUGGAAUGCACCAGGCCCAUCAGCUCUAUGGAAGGUUGUCAUGGAAGGAAGUUGUCACCAUGGCUGCAGAUGUUGGCAGAAAUGGAUUUAAUGUUACCCAUGAUCUUGCUGAGGCUUUGUCCCACAUAAAGGACACCAACAUGUCAGAGAACUUCAGGAAUGUGUUUCUGCCAGAUGGCCAGCUUCCACUCUCAGGCAUGUUUGUACGACGUCUUGAUCUUGCGGCUAUCUUGGACUCGGUUGCGGAGAAUGGAGCGUCUGAGUUCUACAAUGGAAACCUGACCCAAGAGAUGGUUGCUGAAAUCAGGGCAAAAGGAGGAGUUGUCACUGAAGAGGAUUUCAGUAAUUACAGCACUGCCUUACAGCAGCCGGUCGAGAGUCUAUACCAAGGCCAUCAGAUUCUAGUGGCCCCUGCCCCUCAUGCUGGAGCUGCGCUGAUCAUGGCUCUCAACAUCCUAGAGGGCUUCAAUAUCACCAGCCAGGCCCCUAGGAAUAACACCUAUCACCUAAUUGCUGAGUCAUUGAAAAUUGCCUUGUCCAUGGCGCGUGGUUUGGGAGACCCCAUGUUUGACUCAUCAGUAUCUGAAGUGGUGGCUCAGAUGAUAAGCAAAUCCCAGGCUGCCUUGCUCCGUCAAAUGAUCAAUGAGUCCCAAGCUGCCCCACCAGGACAUUAUACCUCCUUUUACGGCAUGGAGAGUGGUGGAGUAGCCAGCCAGGUUAUGGUUAUGGGACCAGAUGACUUCAUUGUGUCAGUUAUGAGCUCACUGAACAGGCCUUUUGGCAGCGGAAUUGUGACAUCUUCUGGAGUUCUUCUGAACAGUCAGAUUCUGGAUUUCUCCUGGCCAAACAAGACACAGGGUUCUUCCCAACCAAAUCCGAAAAAUGCUAUUCAGCCUGGGAAGCGGCCCCUGUCCUUCCUGUUGCCCACUGCAGUGAGGCCUUCUCUGGGGCUGUGUGGCACCUAUGUGGCUGUGGGCUCCUCCAACUGGGACCGCGCUCUCAGUGGCAUCACCCAGGUGUUAACAAAUGUCUUAUCAUUUCGCAAAAACUUGAGCGAGAGCCUGUCUUAUGGGAGGCUUCAUCCUCAGCUGGAUUACAAUGUUCUGCUGGUUGACUCGGAGUUUCUUGAAGAGGACAUAGAAGUACUCCAAAUGAAAGGACAUGUGGUGCAUAAAGUGGACGUGCUCUCACUGGUGGAGGGGACACGACGGACCAACGACCUCAUAAUUGGGGUGAAGGAUCCCCGCAGUGCAGAUGCCUCUGCUAUCACCAUGUCCAUGCCCUAAAUUUCCUGCUCUUGGAGAAGCUGGACUGGUUGGGAGUAGAACUGAUCUGUCUUGAAUAUGAAACAAAAUUCCACCCACCAUGAGAAAGGGAAUGUUGUCUUGUGUGGUGCACCUGCUGUGAAUUUACACUGGAAUGUCCAUGAACAUCCUCUUGUAGACAGAACAAAAAAGUUAUUAUUCUUGCCAUAAGCGUGCUAGCAUGGACAUACACUCACUUACUUGUGCACUUCCACACAGACCCUAGUGUUUGGGCACCACUGGCUGCAACUUGUAAUAACAUGUAUCACUCAGCUCUACAACCUCAUUUCCUCAUUGAUUAUCAAAAGUCCACAUUUUUAACAUGCUUGGAGACUCCAAGGAGAUUUGGAUUGUGGCUGUGCUUUUAGAAGUUGUUACUUCAUACAAUAACUGAUUACCCAGCAGCAAAUAUUAUGUUUGUUAGUUGCCUGUGUGUUUUGGACAGUUACAGCUAAUUUUAAAUUCUUUCGGUUGAAGGGUUCUCAGACUCAGCUCCUCCUUUCUACACAAAAAUCUGUAAUUGUGAGAUGUGUUUUAUUUGGGG